UUGGGGAUAAAGCGAGGGAUUGGGCUUAGCGCUUUGGUUUGCUGCUCUGCUUUCGCCGUAGGGUUUAUCUCCUUUCGCUUUGCUCCUUCUUCCCUCGCACGCAAGGCACAUCCGGAUUCCGGUGCGGAGGCGAGGAGAGGCGACCCGCUUCGAGGCGAAUCGAGAGUUAGUUGUUCAACCAGCAACCAAGGAUGUCGUCGGUGCAGCUCUCCGGUACUGGAGUCGCCGCGGUGGCCUUCACCAAGAAGGGUGCUGCGUCUUCCUUCGAUGGGCUCCGCCUCGCGCCACCGUCGGCGCGAGUCUGCUCUACCAGGCGUGCGUUCCGCAGCCUCGUCGUCAAGGCUGCCACUGUCGUCACCCCGAAGUAUACCUCGCUCAAGCCUCUGGGAGACAGAGUGCUUGUGAAGCUUGGUGCCGCGGAGGAGAAAACUAUCGGUGGAAUUUUGCUUCCGUCGACCGCACAGUCUAAGCCUCAGGGAGGUGAGGUUGUUGCUGUUGGAGAGGGAAAAACCAUUGGGGAUAAGAAAGUUGAAGUCAGCGUACCGGUCGGGGCUGAAGUUGUAUAUUCAAAAUAUGCUGGGACUGAGGUGGAAUUUAAUGACGCCAAACACCUUAUUCUAAAAGAAGAUGAUAUCAUUGGGAUUCUUGAGAGCGAUGAUGCCAAAGACAUGAAGCCUCUUAAUGAUCGCGUUCUCAUCAAGGUUGCGGAGGCUGAAGACAAAACGGCUGGUGGCCUUAUCCUCACUGAAACGACCAAGGAGAAGCCAUCCAUUGGAACAGUCGUAGCAGUUGGCCCAGGCCCUCUCGAUGAUGAAGGCAAGAGGCAACCAUUGUCAGUCACGGCAGGCAGCAACGUGCUGUACUCCAAGUACGCAGGCAGUGAGUUCAAGGGUGCUGAUGGCACCAACUACAUUGUCUUGAGAGUAUCAGAUGUGAUGGCUGUCCUUUCUUGAGCUGUGGUUUCUCAGUUUUGAGUUCAGAAUAGACGGUAGCAGGUGGUAAAUGGUUGCCUUGUGGUGAUCGUCACUCUGCGGAGGUGCUGUCUUUUGAUCAUCCUAGAAUUUGAACGAAUCUAUUUACAAUGUGAUAGACUCUGAAUUUUAUUUAUAAAAGGUUGUUUUUUUCUUCCAAGGCUCGUUUUGGCUUUGUACACGGAUCUGGAUUUCUUUUACUACAGAGAAGCACGGUUUGCCCGAACAUACUGUAGCGAUGAACCUUAGCUUUAUGUUUUGAUCGGAAUGCUUCAAAUGUAUAUUACUGCAUUUCUCUA